UUAAUUUGCGAGGGGGCAUAAACGCCUUUUAGACGAGCUCCGUCUUGACGCCCUUGCCCUAGUUGCACCUACGUGGGCGCUGUGACAGAGUGAAGCUAAAGCCCUUAUAGUUCUCUCUCCGCCGCGCGCAGCUAAAGAUUGGAACUUUCGACUGUGGAGUGUAUAUCAAGCGAAGAGCAUCAGAGCAAAUCUAUAACAGAAGUAUCUAAAUCAUACUGAGAAAAAGGCAUAAUGGGUAGGGAGAGAGACACUCAAAAGCCGCAGCAGCAGCAGCAGCAGCAGCAGCAAGUCUCCUUCACUGUCGAGCAGCUCGUAGCCGUCAAUCCCUACAAUCCUGACAUCCUCCCAGAUCUCGAAAACUACGUUAACGAACAGGUUUCAUUACAAACAUACAGUCUGGAUGCAAAUCUUUGCCUUCUUCGCCUCUAUCAGUUUGAACCUGAGCGAAUGAGCACCCAAAUUGUUGCUCGCAUUUUGGUUAAGGCACUAAUGGCAAUGCCAGCUCCAGAUUUUAGCCUGUGUCUGUUUUUAAUUCCUGAACGAGUGCAAAUGGAGGAACAGUUCAAGACAUUGAUAGUUCUUUCACAUUAUUUGGAGACAGGAAGGUUUCGCCAGUUCUGGGAUGAAGCAGCUAAGAGUCGCCACAUAGUUGAAGCUGUGCCAGGUUUCGAGCAAGCAAUUCAAUCUUAUGCCAUUCAUCUACUUUCAUUGACCUAUCAAAAGGUUCCCCGGUCUGUGCUCGCUGAGGCCAUCAACAUUGAAGGUCUGUCGUUGGACAAAUUCCUUGAACAGCAGGUGGCCAAUUGUGGUUGGAGUAUAGAAAAGGGUCAUGGUAAGGGCCAACUGAUUACCCUACCGACCAAUGAAUUUAACCGUCCCGAGCUGAAGAAAAAUACUGCAGACAGUGUACCGUUAGAGCACAUCACUCGAAUCUUUCCCAUUCUUGGCUGAACUUUUGUUGGGCGAGAGAUUAUUUAAUUUGGUCUGCGUGUUUGCUCUGGGUUCUAAAAGUUGCUCGCUAGUCCUAAUAACAAUUUUUGCUUACUGCUUAAUUAUACUGGGACUGCAGUAACCUGUUCUGUUUUUGUAUUGUAAGAUCAAAUCCAAACACAGUAGUUUAAUUUCUGGGUGAUUUAUAUCUAUAGUUCCUCAAUUUUAGAGGUUAUCA